AUGAACACUCUCGAAUCAUGGCUUUACCACACGCCCCAUGAGGCGCAAACACGCAGCAAACCGAUGCGAGUGAUGGCCCUCGGUUUCUCCCGCAGCGGCACCGAAUCGCUCUCGCGGGCGCUGCGCAUCCUGGGCUACGACCACGUCUUCCACGGCUUCGAGAUGUGGAGUCACACGCCGACCCUCUGGCGACCCUGGACGCUGCUGGGACGGCGGAAAUGGGGCACGACGAGCCCCGUGGCCGGGUCGUCGGGUCUGGGGCGCGCCGACUUCGACGCCCUCUUCGGCCACUGCGAGGCCAUCACCGACCAGCCGGGCGCGCUCUUCGCGCCAGAGCUCAUCCAGGCGUACCCGGAGGCCCAGGUCAUCUUGAACCGUCGCGACGUCGAUGACUGGUACCACAGCUUCAACGCGGUGAUCACGCCGCUCACCACGGGCACGCUGUGGCACGUUCUGCCCUGGUUCCAGGCCGAUCUGUACUGGCAGAUGCGGUACAUGACGGAUGUCCAGAUCCCUUUUUUUCGGGGCUCGUGGACCCGACAUGGCAAGUGGGUGUAUGAGGAGCAUAACGCCGUCGUUCGCGGACUGGUUGCUCAAGAACAACUGUUGGAUUGGACAGUAGAAGACGGAUGGGAGCCUCUCUGUCGGUUCCUGGGUAAGGAGAUCCCAGACGAGGAAUUCCCCUCGGGCAACACGCCGGCAUACAUGAUGCAGAACUACCAAGGGAAUGUCAUGCAGACGAUUCAGGCGGCCUGGCGCAACCUGGGCCUGACGGUUAUCGGUGUGGCUGGAAUACUGUGUGCCAUGGGCUGGCAAUGGGGAUGGCACGGAGGAUGGGAAUGCGGCGUGGGUGUGCGAGCAUUCUUCGGGUCUUCCAUUUCAUUAUAA